UCAUUAAUUUAUUUCAUCUAUCUUAAUUCUAUUCUUUUAAUGUAUUUAGUUUUUGUACUUCGAAUAUUUUACAAUUAUUGUUGUAAUUAAUUAACUUAUUUUUAUAUGGAGGUCCCUCAUGAAAACCACCGAAGGGUAAUGUGGUUUCCUCCUUAAAUAAAGUUUCACUUCACUUCUACUCUUACCGACGACAGCUAAACUGGCCAAUCACAUCGCGACGCUACUGCCAGUUGUGGAAAUAUAACUGACGGAGAACAGAAUGGGUAUAGUUCAUGCAUUUUAAUUCAAAUUUGGAUUUGUAGCAUUUGGUUAUUUGCACUUGUUGCAACUGGUUAUGGCUGAGCCUUUGUUCAGUAUCCCAUCAUACCAUCGUAACGUCUCGCGAGCUUCAGCGUACGCAAUGAAGAAUAUGACCACCGCACUUAGUAAAUGGAUGAACUGAAAUACUGCUCAAGUGAAAUGUUUCUAAGUUCAAUUUCAUCUAUACUCGAAUUUAUAUUUCUUAAAUAAAAACAAUGUUUGCACCUCUCAAUUGAAUUUCCUAAUGUCUAAAAUCAGCCUUAAAGCCUUUUUAAUUGAACGAAACUGGCCCAAACUUAUUUUCAAGGAGUCGGAGAACUCAUUUGAAUUACAAAUUAUUUUUUAAAUCAAUUUUCAUAUUUGCGCUCAGUGUUGCACGUGGAAAGAGCAUCGGCGACCUACAAGAAAAGUCGACGUCUUUUCCAGUUUUCUAUGGAUUCAACGAACACAUAAUUUCGAUCCUAUUACCUUGGAUAUCGUCAGUCCUGUUAAAGUCGGCGAAUCUUUCUUCUGCUGAAUUGAGGGGCUAUGAAUGAACGUCAAGGAUUUGUGAUUUCCAAUUUUCGGUUUUCGGUUUUCGGCACAACGUUUCUUCAGCAUUAACAAAUGCAACGUCGAAUGCAACCACAACGAUUCCGACAAGUGCUGGUCCAGUUGUUUUAGCACAAGAACAGCACCAGAUAAUGCAGUCAGCUGAGUAUCGCUUACGAAAAGCUCUACUUUCUUCCUACGACAAAAUGAUUCGUCCGGUUUUGAGGCCGAAAGAUGUUGUCGAUGUCACAUUCGAUGUGCAGUUCCAGGCUCUAAGUGCAGUGGACAACAAACAGCAAGUCAUUACAGUUGACACAGUGAUCACACAGAAAUGGGAUAAUCCCUAUCUUCGGUGGGAUCCUACCACGUAUGACAACAUAACGGUGAUCCUUGUGGAUCCAAAAGAAGUAUGGGUUCCCGAUAUUGUACUUGAAAACAACGCCGAUGAUGAAGUCGUUCAGGCAGGCCACUUGGAAAAGUUCCGUAGUUGGGUGGUCUUGAACAGUGGUGGAAAUAACUUGUGGUUAUCUCCAGCGACGUUUAAAAGCACCUGCAAACUAAAUGUCCAGUUCUUUCCCUUUGACAAACAGGAGUGCAACAUGUUGUUUCGUUCACUAACGGCUGAUCGCACUCUUUUAAAUAUUUACACCAAAGAAAUUGACAGUGAUGAUCCAGAUGAAGAGCUUAGACUCACCACAUCAAACGGUUAUUGGUCACUGAGGAGCAUUGAGGUCAAGACAGAGGAUAUUACGAAGCACUUCCGGAUAUUCAGCGAGGUUAAAGUUUCAUUUUCUAUUGGUCGCAAACCCUUGUUCUUUGUUCUUUUCUCCAUCGUCCCAUGCAUGAUCAUUGGCAUGCUGGUUCUUGUAAGCUUCUUUAUCCCCGUGGAGAGUGGUGAGAGGAUUGGAUUGUGUGCAACGAUUUUGCUGGCAGUUAGCGUUUACCUACUUGUCGUUACUGAUCAGCUUCCGGAACAGUCUGAUACACUGCCCCUCAUUGGUGUUUAUUACAUUACGAUCAUGUUUGAAAUCGGCCUGGCGCUAGCCGCCACAGUUCUCGUUCUGAGGGUUCACCACGCGACUUCAGAACCACCCCGCAUCUUGACUUGUAUUACAGCAAUCAACAGGCUCGGUUGCUUCCGCAGCACUCAAAAACCACGACGAAGAGAGGUUCCCCGUUCUCCCGUAAUUAUAAAUUCUAGAAUCACAGCAGAAAAUAACACGAACAAGGGGGAGAGAAAUGAUAAUCUGGAGUUAGAAGAUGUGAAGAAGCAGAUACCAGACACACUCAGUCGGGUAAGGAACUCAACAACGAGUGGAAUGUCUAUCAUUCACGUCGAAGACGAAGAAGAAGCUAACCAGAAAAUGUGGAGGGAGAUCGCUCGUGCGCUCGACCGAAUGUUUUUCUGGUUGUUUUUGGCGCUAUUUGUGUCUUCGUCCAUUGCAAUAUACUCGCAAGCAGGACGGCUAUCGUCGCUGAAUUGAGGCAUGCGAGGAUUUAUACGUUUAUUGAGCCUUAAUCAUAGCUGAAUCAAGUUUACUCCUUUUCGUAUAACGUCAGUCGAAAGUGUAGCAAAUCCUUACAUUUACUAGGCUAAAGAUCAUCUACACUUACUUGUGUGCAAUGAAAAAGUAUCGAACAUUUAAGUCAGAAUAUUCUCGCCAGUGAUUUUAUGGCAGUUUGUGGCUUGGUAUCGUAAAUAACUUUGAUUUCGUUGUUUUUGUAGUUUUGUAGUUUGGAAUUACAAAGCAGUAACUAUUACAAAUACUGAAGAUAAACGACCUUUAUAAAAACAGGAUAGCUGACGUAAAGUAUACGUUAUUCUUAAGAUAGAGCGUUGUCACGCGAUAUAGAUGAAAAUAUAUAUAUGCAUGCACAUGCAACAAAACCUUUGAGAGGACACGUUGAAGUGAUGCUCAGUACCUAUGUUGAUAAGUACUGUAAGAACAAACUUGAUUGAGAUUUGACUGAAAUACAUGGAAGCUUUGUGAUUAGAUUUCGUCAACAAAUCUACGCAGAGUAAACUGGGGUAAAUGUUAGAAUCCAGUACUGUAAGUUAAGAAACGGUUGCAAAAAUCGUCUGUUUGCUAUUUAAUUUUUUUUGAUUAAACGCAAAUAAAACCAAACCAUUUAAUCUA